ACUAAUGCUAUAGGAUGUUGCUAUAGCAUUGCUAUUCGGAAUAAGUUAUGCAGGCAUCAUUAUUGAAGAAUCUAUGGCCUUCAAUCAAAGUGGAGUAGGCUUGCCGAUGGCCGCGAGCUUCCGGGUUGUGUAUAGAAUCGAGGAUGUUGCGAUGGCAUUGCUAUUUGGAAUAGGUUAUGCAGGCAUCAUUUUUGAACAUUCUCUGGCCUUCAAUAAAAGUGGAAUAGGAUUACUGAUGGCCGUGAGCUUAUGGGUUGUGCGUAGCAUCGGGGCUCCUUCAACUGAGAUAGCCGUUUCAGAGCUAACACAUGCGUUUGCAGAAGUCAGCGAAAUUGUGUUUUUCUUGCUUGGCGCCAUGACCAUUGUAGAGAUAAUUAAUGCUCAUCAAGGUUUUAAGUUAAUUACUGACAAUAUAACCACUCGAAAGCCAAGGAUUCUCCUCUGGUUGGUUGGCUUUGUGACAUUUUUACUUAGUUCUGUUCUUGACAACCUGACAUCUACUGUUGUCAUGGUGUCAUUAUUGCGGAAACUAGUACCUCCAUCAGAAUUUCGCAGAAAAUCAUGGCAAUUGUCAAGUAUGUGGAUUGUGGAGUCUGCUGUCACCAUUGGCAAGAAAGAUAAAGAUCCUGCUCUUGAUCUGCUUUUAGGAGCUGUUGUAGUGAUAGCGGCAAAUGCAGGUGGUGCAUGGACGCCUAUUGGUGAUGUUACCACUACUAUGCUGUGGAUACAUGGUCAACUAUCCACUUUACAGACAAUGAAGGACUUGUUUGUUCCUUCAGUCGUUUCUCUAGCUGUCCCUCUGGCACUUAUUUCCCUGACUAGUAACAUUAAUGGGAAGGAACAGGACUUUUUCAAUGUUUUGGCAUCUGAACAGAUGGCUCCUCGAGGACAGCUUGUUUUCUCAGUAGGUAUUGGAGCUUUGUUUUUUGUUCCAGUUUUCAAGGUCGUAACUGGUUUGCCUCCCUACAUGGGUAUGCUACUUGGACUUGGAGUUCUUUGGAUUCUGACUGAUGCUAUCCACAAUGGUGAAUCUGAAAGGCAAAAUUUAAAAGUACCAGAAGCUUUAUCACGGAUUGACUAUCAAGGAGCUCUUUUCAUACUUGGAACCCUUUUGUCCAUUAGCAGCCUUGAGGCUGCAGGGAUUCUUCGGCAAUUGGCAAAUAACCUUGAUGCUCAUAUUCCUAGUACUGAAGUGAUUGCUUGUGCAAUAGGAGUUGUGUCAGCAAUUAUAGACAAUGUUCCACUGGUUGCGGCAGCAAUGGGAAUGUAUGAUCUCUCCACUUUUCCCCAAGAUUCUGUGUUUUGGCAGAUGAUUGCGUAUUGUGCUGGCACUGGUGGAUCCAUGCUAGUUAUUGGCUCGUCAGCUGGAGUUGCAUUCAUGGGGAUGGAAAAGGUCGAUUUCUUUUGGUACCUGCGGAAGGUGAGCGCUUUUGCUUUUGCAGGCUAUGUUGCUGGAAUUGGUGCUUACCUAGCAAUACAUAACCUCCCAAUCUCCCUGUCCACGACUUCAACAGCAGAGGUUCCAGCUUUCGCCAGGACGUUUCCUUGGCAUCAAGCAACGCAGUAACAAAAUUUGGCAGUGUGCAUUAAUCUAGUGAAUGGCAAAUAGAUCAUAGAUGAAGUUUGAUAAUAGGAUACUCAGAUGAUGAAAAGUUGAAAAAGAAUCAUUUAGAUUGUAUAGAUCUUUCUUUUUUUUCCCCAAACCUAGGUUACAUCAACAUCAUAGUUACCAUACAAGACAACCCAGAUUGUUUAGAUCUCGUGCUCCAAACAUUAGCAUUCUGGUGACUUCAAUGAGAAAUGGGAGUCGAAUAGUUAGGUUUGGA